CGAUAUUAAGGACAUUGAGAGGAGUCUACAGAAGUGUGAAGACCCUUCUAGACCCACCAUGGCCUGUGGGUGUGCCUAAGUGGUGUUCUAAAGGUUGGAUGUGUCUUCCGCUAAGGGGAAACUCUGCCGAAAUUUCGUGGACGCCGACACUUGUGAAAAUAUCGAGGGAGCUGAGUGUGGACAGCAAAGGGGAGCUGAAAUUCGUCAUUUCUCAAGGAGAAGAUGAUUGAGAGAGGAGGAGAUGCUAAUGGAAGAGGAGCUGUAGCUGAGAAGACAAGUGAGCCGCCGCCAUCAAAAGUUGAAGCUUUGGAUGGCUCCAACUAUGAGGAAUGGAGCGGACGGAUGAGGAGUGCCUUCAAACGCUACAAGCUCCUGAAGAUUGCUGUUGGGGAAGAGAAGAUGCCGGAAGAAGGCGAAGCACGUGAACGGUGGAUUGAGAAAAGCGCGGUGCUUUUCGACCUCAUUCUUCAAUCGGUCAACAAGGAGAUGUUCGAGCACAUCAAGGAUCUUGUGGAAGCGGAUGAUUCGGGUCCAAGGGCGUGGAAACUACUACGUGAUGUGGUUCAGCCCAACACUCUCCCGAUGGUGAUCGUGCUCGAGAAGGAACUUGCUGCCAUCUCCAUGCGACCAGGGGACGAUAGCAAGGGGGAGGUGGCAGCGGCUGUCCUUAAGGAGUGGAUGCCUAGAGCUCAGAGGGAAUGCGGACACAAGGUGAAGGUGAUCCGCAGUGACAAUGGUGGGGAGUUCAUUGGAGCUGAUUUUGAGGGGGAGUUGAAGAGGAAGGGGAUCCAGCAUCAACUGACAGUGCCCUACAACCCACAGCAGAAUGGCGUGGCUGAGAGGUUCAACAGGACCCUGCAGGAGGGGGCACGCACUCUCCUUGGGCGUGCAGGGCUGCCUGAUCCGUUUUGGGUGUCUGCACUGAGGCAGGUCGCCCUUGUGAAGAACAGGGUGCUGGCUACAGUUGGAGAUAAGGAGUGGAUCCCAUACGUCAAGUGGUAUGGGAGUGCUCCAGCUGUGAACAUGCUGAGGGCAUUUGGGUGCAUGGUGGUGUUUCAUGUGCCUAAGGAUAAAAGGGGGAAGUUGGAGGCUUCUGGAAGAUGGGGUGUGCACUUGGGGAUUGCAAAGGAUCACAAGGGGUGGCUGCUAUGGGACUUGACCACCCAGAAGUUGACAGUGUCAAGGGAUGUGAAGUUUCUUGAGUCCCUGUACUACAAGGAAUGGAAGCAGCAGCAACAGAAGCUUCCAUCUACACCGCUCAUUGUGGAGGCAGAUGAGGCAAUCACUUCCAAGAUGAUCUACAGGCACAAGUAUGGACCUGAAGGGGAGCUGACCCGCUACAAGUCCAGGCUUGUGGCAAGGGGGUUUCAGCAGACAAAAGGGAAGGACUAUGAUGAGGUGUUUGCUCCUGUGGGGAAAGGAACAACACUGAGGGUGCUGUUGGCGAUAGCUGCACUCCUGGGAUGGAAGAUUCGGCAGAUGGAUAUUCUCGCCAAGAAUGCUUGUCUGCAUGGGCUGACAAAACACAUAAGGCCUAAGUGGCAUUGGGUGAGGAGACUCCUUGAUAAGGAGGUGCGGCUGGAGAUAGUGAAGACCCAUCAGCAGGCAGCAGAUAUUUUCACCAAGCGUCUGGCGGAGGCGGAUCAUUGGAAGGGCAUGAAGCUUGCUGGGAUGAGUGUGCAUUGAGUAUGCAUGCUUGAGAUGUGGUAUGGUCGAUGAUGGUUGGCAGCCAGAGGGGGAGAUUGUUGUGUGAUGUCAUCAUAUGCUAUCACAUUCUGUCUGCCUCCCAUCCCAUAUUUUUCAACUUGCAUGUGUGGUUUGAACUGUGCAAGAAUUUGUGUGUGAUGUGUUCUGGAGUUUGGGAAUGUGUUCUGUGUUAUUUUUGUUUGAGCAGGUUUUUUGUGAUGAUAGAUCUUGAGAAGAUCUUUCCGACGCAACGAGAAUCCCUUCAAUCGGAGCAAGAACGCGAAAGCUAUGAAGAUUCAAAGUUCAUGAGCUUGCGUUACAAUUGCGGCGGUUACAAAGUGAAGUUGUGGGGUGACUCUAUAUGGAGUUGGGACCUUUGGGGUUUGGGAAAUUUGUCACUCUACUGUAACAGCUGCAAAUUGGUUGGGAACAACCAAGCUAGGUUGGCAAGGGUGGCCAACUUGGAUGGAUUGGUUGGGAAGGGACAAAGGUCAAAGUUGAGGUUCCUAUAGGGAGGGAAUCUUUGUGCUUAUGGGGUUUCCUUGGUUGGGGACUCUCUUGGGACCUUCCCUCUCGUCCCUCUCUUUCUAUCCCAACCUUUCUCUUGCUCCUCUAAUUCCUUGUGAGAUUCUUGAACUUUGAUUGAACUCUUGAGAUUGAGUUAAG